UUGUGCUCUUCUCUCGCAGGAAAAAGACUGACGAUGGUAGGCGGCGAUCAUGUAUACCGCUUCCACAACCUCCUUCUCGAUCUUCAGAGGAGAUCCGAAGGGAAACGCUUUCCAUGCCUCGGGGAGGAGUUCUGUACCCAUCAUCAUCUAUGCUCACGGGCCGCCCGGAAUAAUCCCAUCCUUAAAGAGGAGUCUAUGCGCUAUAUCCGUUCUCCAUCCAUCGAAGACCUCGUGCAAACUGGUUCAUCAUUAGUCAAUUACAUUUUAUCGGAUACUCUUCUCGCCUUGCCCGACCCAGAGGCGCCAGAGUAUUCUGUACCAUAUAUUCAUGCCUUCAGUGGUGUAAGGUCUCGCGAAACGUAUUGGCUAGCUUCAGCAAGGAAAACAGACGUCCUUAUACUGGGAAGGGGACCGUUUAGCGCACCA